AUAAAUGUUAAAUUGUGCACCUUCAAUAAAAUAUGAAAGCAAACCGACGACCAAUGACCGAUGCGGCGCGUAUUAUAGACAAAGACCAACAUUAUUGAGUAUCGUGCGACGCAUAGCUCUACAUGACUGCGAUAAUGUCAUGGAAUGCCGAUGUGGCAUACGCUUUUACUCCCUACAAAAUCUUAACUCUGCCACUGGGUAUUUGGCCCUUGCAAGAAUAUAAUACGUUUGCUUUAGUCCGUUCGAUUGUGUGCGGCAUCAGCUUGACCGUGAUGAUGAUCUUGGUGUUCCUCGAAAUCAAUUUCGGUAUUGGUGAUGCAUACAUAAAACUCGAUAAUCUUGAAGUUAUAUUCUGUAACAUUCUUGCUAUACUAAAAAUAAUGUCCUUCCGCAUAUACGCCAAUAAUUUGAUCCGCAAUUUCUCUUCUGCUGUGAACGAUUAUCUUACGAUUGACACCGAGGAGAAGCGCACGAUCAUGCGGCGACACGCUUACAUGGGAAGAAUUAUUUGCUAUAGUAUCUUAUUUUUGGCUUAUUUGGCAUCAACAAUUUUCAUGCUGAUGCCUAUGAUAAUAGACGAUGAGAAAAUCCAAGUUAAUGUAUCCAUCCAGAAUCAAGUGGCGGGAUUACCGGUGCCCUUAACAUUUUUAGGAGACGUCCAAAUGUCUACAAGUUUAUACGUGUUGAUUUCUACGGUGCAAUAUAUCGUACUGAUGCUCACCAGCACCAGCAAUUGUGGUAACGAUUCACUUUUCCUCGCAAUCACUCUUCACGUUUGUGGUCAAAUGGAACUCCUAAAAGUCGAAUUUACUAACUACGGCGUGAAAAGUAAAAUUGAAGAUUUUUCGAUAUUGGCAUCAAGACACUGUUAUUUAAUAGAGAAUGCAGAACUUUUGAUAAAUGUAAUAAGUUUUGUUAUGCUGGUGCAAACGCUAUUUAGUUGCCUUAUUAUUAGUUUAAUCGGUUUCCAGUUUAUCUUGGCACUAAAAACGCAUGAUGUAGUGAUGAUAACUAAAUCUAUAACAAUGUUGAGUGCUUUAAUGUUACAGUUGUUCUUUUAUAGUUUCGUAGGCGAUUAUCUCAAGUGUCAAAUGGAAGACAUUGCUCAUUCGAUUUACAGCUGCAUUUGGUACGACUUUCCACUAAAAUUAAUGAGGAACGUUUUGUUCGUCAUCAUGCGAUCGCAGCAACCCGUUCAGCUGCUAGCUGGUAGAUUUUUCGUCGUAAACAUCAAGUCUUAUAUGACCAUAUUAAAAAGCUCCCUUUCGUACUUGUCUGUUUUACGGGUGAUGGUGGACGCGUAAAGUACAGGUAACUGUUGAGGGAAAAGCUCGAAAGGGCAACAUCGUACACAUGUAGACAAUAUUAUUUUAAUAAAUAAAAUUAUUACAAAGCUUUAUGGCGGGAUAUGCCUUGAACUGAAUAAUCAGAUUUUAAUAAAUAAAAUUAUAUUUUUUGUAUUACGUUAGUAAGCGUAUAUGUACACGCACCGGCGGAAAUGUCGUCAGCGUACGCGUGACUCGCACACAACGCUCGGAUCUAUCCACACGCUUCCGCCUGGACUGCGUUCAGAAACGUCACCCGAGUGCCCCAGUGUUUAACCCUUGUUUAACAUACGGUGAGUAACAAUGAUAAAGUGAUACACUGGGGCGCUCGGGUGACGUUUCUGAACGCAGCCCAGGCGGGAGUGUGUGAGAGACCUGAGCGUUGUGUGCGAGUCACACGGCCACAGACGGUAUUUCUGUCUGUGCGUGUGCAUCACAUCUAACAUAUCGCUUCAAGAAAUGUUGCUGCUAUAUGUGUUUCACGACUGCGAAAAUGCGAUCGUUGGAUACAAUUUGAAAACUGUCUAGUAGGCAAAAAAUUAGCAAUAUAUCAGCUUGCCUAUAGAUUCGAGUAGAAUAUAGGCCAGAUUGUUAUCAAUUGCAUUUACAUUAAACUCUCUUACCAGCAGAUAUUGCCAAUAUAGCUGACAGAUAAACAUUUUGGCAUUUUAUGUAAAAUGUAUUUGUAUAAUUUUGGUGACACUGACACUAUUCAUCUUUAAGAAACUCUCUUUGAUGUACUAAAUUUUAUAUUAAUUACACGUGCCUUUGAUAAAAAGUGGGUGUCAAAAUAGAGAUAUUGCAAUGACACAUGAUCAAUGACGAAUGAUAACUGUAGACGAGACAU